AUGUCGUCGAACAAGAAGAUUGCCGAAUUUCCUGACGUCGAAGCGAAGCUGCAAAAACCGAGCAAACAAUCGGCAUUCGAAAAGCAAAAAGCCGAAGCCGAAGCGAAGCGUCAAAGAGAACUCGCGGAGACCGCUGCCGUCUAUGAGGAUUUCGUCAAGAGUUUUGCGCAUGACGAGGAGGACGACUCCGCUCGCGGAUCUAGGCAUACUUCGUCGAGGUUCGGUCAUGGCCCGCCCGAAAGGCCACAGUUUGGAGCCGGGUCACCUUUUGGAGGAGGCACCGGCAGGAGACACUUUGGCAUCCCCUCCGGCGGUUCGCUAAAGAGCGGCCCGGGGAGUUUAGGACCACCGCCAUCAUCGUUUGCAAAAAAGAGACCGUACGAGGGUUUCCAGCGAGACACGGACGAGGGUCGCGGAAAGCUAGGGUUCGACGACAGGGACAAAGACUCGGCCACGGUGCCCGUCUCUAAGGCAUUCGAAGCGAGUGACGACGAGGCAGACGGCGCAACUGGUGACCGGGCGGAGGAGAAGGCGACAUCAAAGCCGACCUUACGCUUGGCAAACCUGCCACCCGGCACAUCCCCUGCUGUCAUCAAGUCACUCAUUCCGGCCAACUUGACAGUCGAGAACGUCAAGAUCGUGCCCCCUUCAGGCCCUACCGGUACCGAACGCAAAUCGAUUGCGGCCAUCGUCACCCUGUCUAAAGAGACACCAGCGACAGAGAUUGAUAAUGCUGUGAGCGCUUUGCAGAACCGCUACCUUGGCUUUGGCUUCUUCCUCACCCUGCACCGACAUCUUUCCUCUGCCGCCAUCUCGUCUGGGCUGGCCGCUCUGCCUUCAUCGGCGACAGUCUCGUACCCGUUUGGCGCGAGGAAGGUUGAGGAGGGUCCAAUCAGGCCCGCUCACCAACCGAUGGGCCACGGCCGGGCAUAUGCACCACCGUCGUCUUAUGGCCCUCCCGCAGGUGGUCCGCUCAAUCGGUCCGGAAUUCUUCAUGUUCCGGUCCGGGCUCCGCGAGACAUCAAACAGCUCCGCAUGAUCCACAAGGUUGUAGAGUCCGUCUUAGAGCACGGCCCAGAGUUUGAAGCUCUUCUCAUGUCCCGACCGGACGUCCAGCGAGAUGAAAAGUGGGCUUGGGUAUGGGAUGCCCGCAGCGAGGGUGGAAUAUGGUACCGCUGGCGGCUGUGGGAGAUUGUAACAGGUGCGCAAUCCGCGAAGGGCAAGCUCGAGUACAUUCCACUUUUCGAGGACAGUCAUGCGUGGAAAAAGCCUGCACGGCGGUUGGCAUACGAAUACACGACAGACGUCGAUGAAUUCAUCUCCGACUCGGACUACGACUCUUCAGAAGAUGACGAGUUUGAGGACGAGCAGCCUCGGCAAGGCGAUGGCGCAGAUCAGGAGGACACCUUCUUGAAUCCAAUAGAGAAGACGAAACUCGCGCAUCUCCUAAGCCGGCUUCCGAUGACCCUAUCUAAAAUUCGAAAGGGAGAUAUUGCGAGAGUCGCAGCAUUUGCCAUCACCCACGCGAGCCGGCGCGCAGCGCAGCUCCUAGGGCUCUACGUGAUCAGCGAUAUACUGUCCUCUUCAUCCACUAGCGGAAUCCGCCAUGCCUGGCGCUAUCGACAACUGUUCGAGGCCGCACUCCGGAGCCGCAGGACAUUCGAGAUGCUGGGACUGAUGGCAGACAGGCUGAACUGGGGCCGCUUGCGUGCCGACAAAUGGAAGCGCAGUGUCGGGCUCGUCCUGAGCCUGUGGGAAGGUUGGUGCGUGUUUCCGGUCGAAACUCAUGAAGCCUUUGUCAGCAGUUUUGAGAACCCGCCUGUCCUCAAAAAGCAGGCUGGCACACUCGAAAUGGGGCACAAAACCGGGCGGUGGAAAACGGUCGAAGCCGCGCCCGCCGAUGGGGGCAACGGCAGCGGCUUCCCUUCCGGUAUCGAUGAAGCCGGACCGUUGAACAAGGACUCGCCGGAGGAUUACCCCCGAGAACAUACUGUAUAUGGAGGACGGCGACUGAGAGUUGGACCCCACGGCGGUUUCGAGGUGGGGGUCGUGGGCGGCGAUGUGACAAUGGAGGAUUCGACGGAACCAGCAGAAUCGACCCCGAGCAGACAGGAGGGCAAGACCAUUGGCGGCUUCCAGAUGUCAGGCACGAAGUCCGCGCCUGGGAGGAAGCGGAUGCGUGCCAUGGACAUGUUUGCCGAUUCCGACUCAGACGGGGGCACAUAG